AUGUCCCCGGCUUUUCCUCCCCGGCGUCUCCAAACAAACGAUUCCUCUCGUUUCAUGAACAUCGCUAAGAUUGACGAAAAUCCUGCCGCGGCAACACUUUUGCUGACGGCUUCCGAGAGCCGGUAUCCGCAAAUGCUUCUCGCCGACAGAGUAGGUAGUGAAGAAGAAGCCUCGCAUCUCGAAAAUCGCCUACUGCGAAGCACACGGUACAGUCAUCGCGAUACCACCGACAAUGCCGAUGAAUGCCACAACCUGCAACAACUGCUGCGGUGCGGCCUUAACCUGAGUCACCACGAAUCCGGCCUGCGAGGAGAGUCCAACAUCAGAGGCUGGGAGAUCUGA